CCUGGCGUGCAGCAUCAAAAUAUACUAUUCCAUUAUUACUUCCGUUGUAACAAAAACGUGUGGAACAGCUACAGAAUUGUUCAACAAAAUUGGCAAAAGACUAAUAAACCUUUCAAUAAAAGUUAAUAGAAAUUUAAUAGAAUUUUUUAGCGAAUCCACCACGCUAUUCAAUAAAAGUUUGUCGUGUGUAUGUAUUUUUUUUUUUACCAGUAAUAACCGUGAACUGGAGUAGAAAAUUCCAUUACUCAAUUAGCCCUUCGUAACUCGCAUGAAACUCUCCGAUGUGGUUACUCGCACCGCGGUACCUCGCCGCAAUGUAAAUCUACGACCGUUGUUGCCAUAAUUCAUUCGGACAGUGGAAUCCCACCGAGGUAUUUCCACUCUUACGAUCUUCCACCAAUCACAAGUGUGGAAAUCCCGUGUGAAUUAUUUCCGUGACGUCAUGAGAGAUGACAAAAGUCCAGGGUAACCCGAGGAUGGCCUGUCCCUGGCCGAUAUUGGGCCGAACCCCGCCAAUUAAAACUUGAAAGAUUCCUUGGUUACCCGGGGCAUGAAUUUUACCUCCGACGUAAAAAAAUCCGAGAAAUGUUUGAAUGAUCCCGAAAUAAAAAAAAAAAACAAUGUCCACGCGAAAGUCAACAGUUCAUCACAAGUCGAGACAAUCGAAGUCCCUCCCGGCGAUAAUAUCUAACGGUAAUUGUUCAACUUCGAAAGUGAAUAGCCGAUGGAAAAUGGAAAGUGGAAACUAAACAAGUGACCAAGCGAAAAAUCAGCCCUGCCAUUUCCCGCCAAAUGUACCGGCCACCGAAAUGAAAAAUGAGUCAACCUCAGCCCGUCAUGAGGAAUGAAAAAAAAAAAACAGCAAAACGUGAGCCCCAGAAUUAUAUUCACGGCAAUUUGCGGGCAACCUACAAAUCGAGCUCACGCAUCAAUUUGCAUUCAUGUCACGUGGAAAUACCACUUGUGUCUGAAUGUGUAUUCACCGCGUUAAAAAAAAAAAAGAUAAAGUACGCAGGAGACAUUUCUCUUCGCCCAUAACACAACUAUGAGAAAUGAAAGCCAUUCACAAAGAUAAUAAAAAAUAAAAAAAAGUUAUUUAAAAAAAAAAACCAAUGAAAACACCACAAGAACCAGAAGAAAAAAUGCCUCAGUAACGAAUGAAUAAGAGACUUGAGUUUGAGUUCUGGUAUUCCCUCUCUAUGUAUUCAUCAUGAGAUUGUUGGUGGUGGCGGCAAUCGGGUCACCCAGAUUGCGACUCUCGGCCCGGUCCCAACAAGAAGGCGGUAUGGAUAAACCAAACAGAAUCAGGAACGACGCUUUCUCCGCAAUGAGAGAUGAGCGUUCCACCAGUAAAGCCUCUGUUAUUACAGAUAUUAUAAUUUUCUGACGCCUACAUUAACCAGCGAGAAAAUUGUAUAAUCGGAGGGAUGGAAAGCGAAGCACAUAAAAUCCAGAGUCAUAAAAAUUAAUGUAAAAACGAGCAAAUUAAUUUGCUGGAAUUCACGAUGAUUUCAAUAAAUCACAAAUGACCCAAAAAAUAAUACAAUCAUUGUCACGGCAAUGACACGCUGAUAAAAUUGAAAUGAAUUUAUAACUGGGUUAGCGGACAAUAUAGUUUUCUCUCACAGGCAUUAAUCCCUUCAACAUAUCCAAUCGAUCAUGCAGCCCAAUGAAACUCAAUACUUCUUUAACAAUCAAAACAAAUCGUCACUAUUUUCUCUUUUCAUAUAUCAAUGACUAGGUACUAUUGGCUACAAUGAUAGCUGUCUCUUUAACAUCCUAUAUAUGUCAUAGGCACUCGUUGGAGCGCCAUUCUCGGUUGGAUAACGGUAUACCUUGGGGCUCACCCGGGCCUUGAGAAACUAACAAGUGCGUGUGUGAAACGUGCGAUAAAGCCAAACAUGGCAACGGCUACACCGAUUUACCGAUUUUUGGUCUUUCAUUUGAUGAUCAUCUCGGCGCUCACCCAUCCCCAGAACGAGAACAGAGGUCGAAAGCUAUUCGGUGGGUACCGGAUAGUCCCCAAGGUAUGUCAGCCAACCAAUCCCUCGAGAAUAAAAUCCACGGAGCCCCCAAUAUGCAUGUUCAAUUACGAAUGUAAGAGGCGAAACGGAGAGGUGGUAGGUGCCUGCAUGGAUGGAUUUUUAUUCGGCGCUUGCUGUCAGUUGCCCCCAACGAAAGCCACCUCACCCUCCGGGGGAACAUUCAACGCAGCCUCGACCCCUUCGUUCGACGAAAUUCAAGAAAUCGAUCACGUCCCUGAGAUGCCAAUUCUCCUGAAACCUGAUGGAACCCCAGUCGACACAAACGAUCAAUCAAUUACGAAGCAAACUGGAUCAACGCCGUCAGGCUCGUCAACUACAUCCCAAAUGGCAGAAUUGGAGCAAAACUUCCCCGCUCUUCUCGGUCAGCAGGCUGUCCUCGACGACCUAUCACUGCCAGGACUCCUGACACAUUCAAGUAACAAUGAUAUACAGGAUCACCAGGACAUAUCGGCUGUGAACCCAGUGACAACACUCCUGAGUCCCGACCAGGUCCUUCAAAUCGCCGAUCCGGUGGAUCAACUGCCAGCGCUAUUUUCCCAAGGAAUAGGACAAAAUAAUCACUCAGGUGCUGAGACGGUGCUUCUCCACAAGAAUGGAACAGUCCUAGGAAAUGAAAAUGUCAAUUUUGAACAAUUAUUCACCCCCGCGAACAGAAGUACACUGGCUCCGUCACUGACCCCAGUCACUGAACGGACAUCGAGCAGCACGAAAAAGAUGUCAGGACCAUUUCACUACAUGAAUACUCAUCGGGUGUCUGCAACGACUCAAUCAAGCACAGCUGAUCUCGUACGAGUACCAACAAUCAGUCAUGAAAACCCAUCUGGGAUCAAGAAGCACGACAACAACAUGGAUCGUGAGGAAAUAGCGAUAAGUCACAUAAUAUCCAUUCUAAACGGCAGUAAUCCUAGCGCUCCCGUAGAUCCACCGCGCGUCACGACUCAGCAGGUGGAAUCGACCGACCGCACGUCAUCAGUUCACACCUGGGUCACGAUCGAGGACACGUCACUCCCCACCACCAAUGCUGAGACUUUUCCGUACACAUUCUACAAGCCCUCGACGAAACCAGCGAAUUUCUAUUAUUAUGACACCAGCGCUUCGACAUCGGCCUUCAAGAAAGGAACAACUAAGCCACCAAGUUACUCUAGCUACACUCCAAGCUACCCGUCGAGUUCCAGUACAUAUAACAGCCCCUCCGUCAGCUAUGGGAGUUCAGCAGGGGGUUUCCACUCAACCAGACCCACCACCAACCCCCCAGCACCCACCGUCAUCGUUUUGGGUCCACUGGGAACUGAAUUCACGACCAUAACGAGCCCCAGACCUCUCACAAAAAGACCGACUCUAGCAUCGAGACCCAGUAUCGUCACCAAACAGCCUAAUAUUGGAACUGAAAUCACCCACAAUAUCAGUACUGUUAUCUCGACAUCACCAGGCGCAUCAGGCACCAGCAAUAUCAUCUCCACAAGCUACAUAAAUGUUGAUUUGAAGGAGAAACCCAGCUCUCCGUCCUCUGUGGCUGAACUUAUUACGAAGAAACCGACAAUUUGGACAACUGUGUCAACGUCGUCGAGCAAACCGAGCUUUCAUAUAAAACCUGAUAAGCCCGACUUCCAGUGGCCCACGGAGAAUUUGACGCCAGUGCAGACAGUCGAACCUAAACCGAUUACCACCAAGAAACCCGUCAGUCCGGCCACUACUACAGCCAAUUGCGAUGAGGUGACUGCACCUCCAGAUGAUAUGUCAGCAUUUCCUCCUGAUCGUAAUCCUAGUUUAACAGACUCAGCACCGAGUUCUCAACAAGAAAAACCAACAAUCGUCGAGGGUUUCAAUAAUACUGGGUAUCCGGGAUAUCCAGGAAGUGAAAUCGUCAGUGAUAACGAGAUACCAACCCCCAGUUUCAUCGAGGAUGAAGUCCUAAAGGAUAAAGUUGAUGAUUUAGUUAAUAAAAUAGUUGACUCCCUGCAGGGAGAUUUCCAGAAUCUUGAAGAUGUUGUUUAUAGGAGGAAAAAUGCAACUUUAGCCACAACAGCAACACCACCAAAGAAAACGGGGAGUACUAAAAGACCUGCAGCUUCAGGGAGUACCAAAAGACCAACAAAGAAACCCAGCAGCAAACCUGGAGCGAGUACGGCGAAACCUGUUCGGGCUAAACCCAGCACAGCUUCCAGUAAUACUGCCACCACGAAAAAGCCCACCAGCAAACGACCCAGACCCACUAAAAAAGUUACCACUCAAGCGAGCGUAAGUGUCACCACUCUUGCAGAUAAUACCGUAACGCAUUCGGUUGUGACAGAGGUGAAUGUGACUCCGAGCACCGAGAGACCCACUACAACACCGGAUUAUCGCAGAGAGUGUGGAGUGAGGCCUUUGAUACGCGCAGGUAGGAUCGUCGGUGGGAAGGGCGCGACCUUUGGCGAAUGGCCAUGGCAGGUACUCGUCAGAGAAUCCUCCUGGCUCGGGUUGAUGACUAAGAACAAAUGCGGUGGUGUACUCAUUACGGAUAAAUACGUCAUCACAGCUGCCCAUUGUCAACCUGGGUUCUUAGCUUCCUUGGUAGCAGUCUUCGGUGAAUUCGAUAUUUCCGGUGAAUUAGAACCACGAAGAAGUGUUACGAGAAAUGUGCGCCGAGUGAUCGUUAACCGUAAAUAUAACCCGGCGACCUUUGAGAACGACUUGGCGCUGUUAGAACUGGAAUCACCAGUUCAAUUUGAUGCACACAUUGUGCCUAUUUGUAUGCCAGAGGAUAAUGCUGACUUUACAGGACAAAUGGCCACUGUAACCGGUUGGGGACGCGUCAAGUACAACGGUGGUGUACCAUCUCUUCUGCAAGAGGUGCAAGUGCCCGUCAUGGAGAAUUCCGUAUGCCAAGAGUUAUUCCGCACCGCCGGACACUCUAAACAAAUCAUCGAGAGUUUUCUAUGCGCGGGCUAUGCCACAGGGGAGAAGGAUUCCUGCGAGGGUGACAGUGGGGGACCCCUGAUGAUGGAGCGACCCGACGGCAGGUGGCAACUCGUUGGCACUGUGUCACAUGGUAUUAAAUGCGCAGCACCUUUUCUACCUGGUGUCUACAUGAGAACGACGUACUUCAAACCCUGGCUCCAUAGCAUUACUGGAGUGUGAAGACACACCUUAUGGCAGAAAAUCAAUGAUAAACGAGUUAUUCGAGAAUUGAAGUGGAGGGCUGAGAGCUUCGUGUCUUCCCUCAUACAGCUCUGUAUAAAUUGUACAAAGGAGUCAAUGAUGUUUAUCUAAAUUAUUUAUAAAUACCGAGAAAAUAUUUUUUUUUAUUUUCAGGAGCAUAUCAGUGAUUUUUUGGAAUUAUUGAUGAUACUGACAUAAAUCACUGACAUUUGAUGAUAGAAAAAUUACGAAAUUGCACGAAAUUAAGAAUUGCUCUCUCUGGAAGUAAAAAAAAAAUUUUUUCGCGGUAAAAGUUGCUCCUUGAAUAACUGGAGCAAUAUUCUACUGUAAUAACCUUUCGCAGCCAAGUAGUAAAGUGAGGUGAGUUGAUUAUUGGAUAUAAAAAUUAAUUCUCAGUCCCCAGGUUGAAUUCAAUCAUGACACAAUUAAUUGAAGCUCCUCAGUCCGAUCGGGGGAUCCAAUUUAUCAGUUCGAAGAAACUGCAGUAAGUAAAAUAAACGCGUUGUCUCGCUAAAUUUGUGUCUAGCGCAACAUAAUUUUCAAAAUCCACUGGAAAAUGUUUCUUAUCAAAAUCAGAAAAAACCGAGAAUUGAUUUUUCCUAAUUAUAAACUCCUUCUAAAUCAUCAAAAAAUGAUUGAACGUGAAAAACUAUUUUUACUACUUGACUGCCAACUGCCUUCAAUUUAUUGUAAAUAAUAUUUAUACCUAAUUUAUUCAUAAUUUAUGCAGUGAUAAAUGACUAUUACCUACGUUUCAUUUACUCUCAAUCUUCAUUAUUUUCUAAUUCUCCGUAUUAAACUAUUUUUAUAUGAAAAAAUAAA